AUGAACACUCCAAACUACGGACUGGCAAAGUGGCUGUUCCGACGUCUCAUAUUUCUGACCUCCGAUUCGAACGCCAGAGGUGGCUGGUCAAAACAAUUCUUGAAGAAACUUAAAGGGGUAAGUCUCCCGCCAAUCGACGUCAUGGUAUCCUUUAACGUCACGUCCCUUUUACGUCUAUUCAGCAGGACUUGGAAGUCGAUACCAUCGAACUACUCCUACGAGAUAAAUACGACGAAACGAAGAAUCACCACGGACACACCAAAAUAAUCCAAAUCCUGAAGUUCUGUCUCAAGGCAUACUUCACGUUUGACGGAACAAUCGACCAGAAAGUGAAGGCUGCGCCAAUGGGUUCGCCGACUUCAGGACUCAUAGCCGAGGCGGUCCUACAACAGUUGGAGUGGUUGAAUUUCCGACACUACAGACCGAAAUUUGGGGCUCGGUAUGUGGAUGACACCUUCGUCGUCAUCGAACGGGAUCAGAUGCUGACAUUCAAGGAAAGUCUGAAUACGGUCUUCCCGGACAUUCCGUUUACGGUGGAGGAGGAAGAAAACAAUCAGCUGACCUUUCUGGAUGUCUUCGUUUGCCGCAAAGAUUGUGGCGGGCUAAAUACCAAAGUGUUCAGGGAAGUGACAAACACAACGAAGGUACUAAAUUUCAAUAGUAACCACCCGAUCAGUCACAAGCACAUUUGCGUGAGGGCGCUAUACCGGCGCGAUGAGACGCCACGCUGUGAAACGGAAGAUGAGGCUGUUAAAUAACAAUUUAUUCGACGGUUACUGAGGGCCAAUGGCUAUCCGCGCAACUUUGUCAACCAGUGCAUAUGCAAACGAAACCAAAUCCAGCCGGCCCUAAAUUUUGGCAGGCUCUUUCGUACUUGGUGGACGUCUCUUCGGAACAAAUUCCGAAGAAGUGACAAACUAGUGUACAGCCUGUCGUCAAAGGAGCUGACGAAGGAUCAGAUGCUGGUGUUACUACACGAAGCUUCAUUCAACACGGCUGAUGCCAAACUCGUUAACAUGAUUGCAGCAGUGGAAUCAAUCCUUUGUCAGACGGAGACAACGGAGGAGACUAAGAGUCUCAUCCGACAUCAAGUGUCGUCUCUCCUGAUGGUCCACAGGCCGCGAGAAGUGCUUCCCAAGGUCGAACGUGAUGCGCCUAGGGAACUGAAGGCCGACAAGGACCAAGUCAUCGUGCCAGCUGCCAAGAGGCGCUCCAGGGUUGUACUGAACAGGACAAACUACCUUAAAAAGUCAAAGGUUUACUGGAUGACCGACAGUUCUAUGUCCCAUGUGCAACGAACCCUAUAAAAACGCUGGCACGCGAAAAUAAAGCUAAAUUGUUAGCCCUGGAGAACUCAGGUGCAAUAACACCGAUCGACAUACGCAUGGCGAGAGCCCAAGAUACGGCUUUGGCCCGAUUCUAUGGUCUCACUAAGGUGCGCAGAGAGGGCGCUGUUCUCCAACCCAUUGUGUCGCUCAAAUGCACUCCAACGUACGGACUGGCUAAGUGGCUGUUCCUGCGUCUCAAGUUCCUGAGCACCAAGUCAGACACCACGGUCUCUUCAUCAGCACAAUUUCCGAAGAAACUCGAAGGGGUAAGCCUCUAUCCAAAUGAGGUCAUGGUAUCCUUUGAUGUUACGCCCCUUUUCACUUCUAUUCCCCAGGACCUGGCGAUCGAGACAAUCGAGCUGCUACUACAAAGCAAAUACGAUGAAACGGAGAAUCGUUUUUGACACGCCCAAGUCAUUCAGCUCCUGAAAUUCUGUCUCAGGACGUACUUCACGUUCGACGGGACGAUCUACGAAAAGGUGAAGGGUACGUCAAUGGGUUAGCCGAUUUCGGGUUCCAUCGCCAAGGCGGCCCUGAAAUGGUUAGAGUCGCUGGUCUGCCAACACCACAGACCGAAGUUCUGGGUCCCGUAUGUGGAUGAUACCUUCGUCGUCAUCGAAAACGAUCAACUGCUGACAUUCAAAGAACACUUGAAUGUGGUCUUCCCGGACAUGCGAUUUAUGAUGGAGGAGCUGGCCUUCCUGGAUGUCCUCCUAUGUCUCAAAGAUUGUGGUGGCCUAAAGAUCAAAAUGUUCAGGAAAGCAACAAAUACGACGCAAGUACUGAGCUUCCGCGGCAACCAUCCAAUCAGCCACAAACGCAGUUGUGUAAGAACGCUCUAUCGGUAUGUCGAAACGCACUACAGUGAGCCCAAAAAACAAGAUUGCCGAAAUACAAUAGCCUCGACGGGUCUUGAAAGCCAAUGGUUACCCGCACAGCUUUGUCAACUGGUACAUACGGGAAAGGGACGAAAGGCCUAACCGCGCGGACCCCACAUUUUGGCGAGCGCUUCCGUAUGUCAAGAACGUUUCGAAGGCUGUCGGCCGUCUGCUCGCGCCACUUGUGGUUUGAGUUGCACACAGACCGGAAGCAACCACCAGGCGUCAGGUAAUGAAACCGAAAGACCCGCUGCCACAGCAAGAAUCUUCUGGAGUCGUUUAUCGCAUCUGCUGCAGUUGCGGACAAAGCAACUACGUCGGUGAAACCGGAAGACAGUUCAAAACGCGGAUGGCUGAACACGCUGCAGCGGUGCGGAAGAAUGACACCAGCUCUCAAGUUGCGGCUCAUUUGACGAGAUCCGGCCACAUAUUCAAAUUCGACGAGGCCGAAAUUCUCGCGAGUGAUGACAAACGCGUGAGCUGCGAGCUGCUAGAGUCAUGGUUCAGUGCCCCCCAGUCCAUUAACUAGUACAACGGCCUCCUCUUCCAUACUCUGUUCUGAGACUUCGCCUAGGCGGAGUGAUUAGCCACGCGUGGAGUGCACAGGUGAACGCUGUUCCAACGCCAGGAUCGUUGGGUCAGCUGAUCGAGCAAUCAUCACAUCAACAUCUCACGCACAUGAUGAAAUUGCAGCAAUUAACGACGCGAAUGUCGGCCAUCAAGCAGUCAGCACACCAAGCGCAACAAUCCAUGAUGAAGGGGGGAGCCGUGAAUAUUCAUAGGUACGCGGUAGCAUGACGACUGCAUCCUAUAAAUACUGCAGCCCUUUGUGCAUGAACCGCCCGUAUCUGCUUUUGUCUCUGAAGAUGGGUUCGAGCAGGAAUCGCAAACGUCUUGUCCCAGAGAUCGUGUCUCCCUCUUCACGACUGCUUCCUGGGACUCGUCUCUUCGCUUCUACUGACGGCAGUAUUCGUCUGGAGUCUCUAACCGGAUCUUGUGGAGUUGCGAACGGAGUGACUACGUCGGAGAAACUGGGAGAUUACUCCGGACGCAUAUAG